AUGCCUCGGGUAAACAUGUAUGGAAAGGGUGUAGGGCUCCAGCUCGCUAUAACGGUAACCUGCCAAUUAUCUUUCAUUCUUCUAGGGUAUGACCAAGGCGUCCUCUCUGGCAUCGUCGGCAAUGAGGACUUCCUCAACGUAGUCAAUCACCCAAGUGCUGCAAUUCUUGGGAUAAUUGUAUCCAUAUUUGACCUUGGAUGUUUUGCUGGUUCUAUUAUAUCUUUCUUCAUAAACGACAAAUUAGGGCCCAGGAGAUGCAUAUGGAUCGCCAUGGUUUGGAUAAUCAUUGGUGCUACAUUGCAAUGCUCUUCUUUUUCCCGUACUCAAUUGCUAGUGGCCCGAUUCAUAACAGGCAUGGGAACUGGUCUUGAAACCACAACAGUUCCUGUAUAUCAGUCCGAAUUAUGUGAGGCAACUCAUCGAGGGAAGCUUGUCUGCAGCGAACUUCUCUUUGUGGCUCUUGGUGUGGUCGUCUCUUAUUGGUUCGAUUAUGGAAUGAGCUUCGUUCAGGGAUCGAUCAGCUGGAGAUUACCGCUUGCUUGUCAGAUGAUUUUUACCGUGAUAAUCAUCGGCUCGUUGUUUGGACUACCGGAAAGCCCUCGUUUCCUAUACCGUAAGGGUCGCAAUGAGGAAGCCAUUCAGGUCCUUUGCGAUGUAUACAACCUUCAGCCAAAUAAUGAAAAAAUACUGAGUGAAUCACGUGGAAUCAUGGAAGCCAUGAGCCUCGAAAACAUGAGCGGUGAAUCCAAGUGGACAGACGUACUCAGGGGAGCUCAAACGAGAAAGCGCGUUCUUUUGGCUUAUGGAAUGCAAUUCAUGAAUCAAAUGGGAGGCAUCAAUUUCGUUGUUUACUAUAUGCCUUCUGUGCUUCAAUUCAAUGUUGGUGUUAGCCGUAAUCUUAGCCUACUACUUGGAGGAGCAAUAGAAGUAAUGUUGGCCAUUGGUUCCUUAUAUCCUACUUUCUACUCUGAUCGAGUUGGCCGUAGAAAAUUAAUGAUCUGGGGAUGUUCCGGGCUAUGCAUCUGCAUGAUGAUGAUCUCAAUCCUUCUGUCCUUCAAAGGCACAUCGGUCGAGAAAACGACAGCUUCAGCAUCGAUUGCCUUCUUAUUUCUCUACAUGCUGAUUUUUGGCGCUUCCGUCAACUGCGUUCCCUGGGUAUAUACACCAGAAAUCCUGCCAUUGCAGGUCAGAGCUAAAGGACAAGCGAUCAGCAUCGCAGGAAAUUGGACAUGGAAUUUUUUUGUUGUCAUGAUCGCUCCAACACUGAUUGACAGGCUCGCGUGGAAAGCUUAUCUUAUAUUCAUGGCCAUCAACUUUGCAUUUGUGCCUAUCGUUUACUUCUUCUACCCCGAAACGGCAAAUCUGACACUUGAAGAAAUCGAUUUUCUUUUUCCGAACUCAAGAGAGACGGAGACGAGUAACGCAGCCGAUGAGGAAUCUUCGAUUUGA